AGAAAAAUUGACUCCUUCUUGCGAACAGAAGACUUCAGUUAGCCCAGCACAUUACACACGCUCCGCGUCAAGAGUCGUUAUCUUACCUUUUUCUUUUUCUUCUUUUUGAACUUCAUUUGGGUUCUUUUCACUUUUUUGUUUAACCUGUAGACAAUUUCAGACUUUUUUUUUUCCUUCAAUGAGUUGCUUUUAAUUUUGCUAAAAUUCGAAACUUUGUAUUUUAUUUUUCUCCAGAUUAAGAUUUGGACUUGGAUUUGAGUUUUAGCAGUUAUUAUUUUGCCCAAAUUAUAGGGUUUGUCCAAACCCUUCCAUGAUGUUUGAACUUCUUUGGUACAAUCCUAUCCCAAAUCAAUCAACUCAUUCUUCAGUCAAUGGGAUGUCAGAACAAAAUCACACAUGAAAUUAUACAUUUCAAGAUGCUUAAUGAUUGGUUUCAUGAAGAAAUGAUUAAACACUUAAAACUAAUGAAUGAUUUCAUUCACCAAAAGUAGGGGAAAAAGCCUUUGACUGCUUUAGGUAUAAUCUUCAUCUGCAACAAGUUGUUGGAUACAUCUCAAAUAUCAAUUUCAGUGUUGAAAGUACAAGGGCUUUUACACGGUGGGAUUGUUAGAGAUGAUGAAGGUAUUCAUCACUGUUGCAGUUAGUUGGUUGCGGCUUGAUUUUGGUGUCCACAAUAUGUUUGUCAUUUGUCCUCUUAGAAUAACUUUUAGUUCUGGUUAUGUUAGUUCUCCUUAUUUGAGUUACUUAUUUAGAUGAACUCUUUAAGAACACUGAAUUCUUUGAAACAUAAUUAAUUUUGCCUUUCUUUUUUUAACAAAAAAUCAGCAGCUUCAAAGGAGGAAAUGGGGCUAAAAUCUUGAAAAUAAAACAUGGUUCUAGGAAGUAACAUAGAUUUUGAUUCAAUUAUAGUUAGAAUAGUGUAUUCAGUUUCACAUAUGCUCUAUUUCAAUCUGCGUACAGAAGGGUUUGGUCUGAACUCUGAGAUGCUAUUGCUGUGGACCCAAAAGAUAGGGAGAUAAAAGCUUAUUGCCUGUGUGAAUGUCCAAGUCAAAAGGAGUCUACCAUAAGUACAGAACAAAAGUUCCUACACUGAAUCCAUAAGGAGUCUACCAAUCGAAAUUAACGGAAUAACAUAAACUAAUAGAAUGAAAAGACUUGAGAGGGAUAAAUUUAUGUUACUACACUGAAUCCAUUUUUCCACAUCUCCAGUUUGUAGUCUUAUAUGACAUUUGUCUUCUUGGCACUAAGUGGGCCAACGUAUAUUACUAUAAUACAAAGACUAAAAACUCUGGAGUGAAAAAUUGGUGAAAGACUUGUAGUUUUUUUUAUUUGAGGGUUGAAAGACAUAAUAGUUAGUUUGAUCGUACAGGCUACUUCAAUUAACCUAUAUAUAACCGUCAUAUCAUGGCUGUUACUUGCAUGCAGAACAUUUGUUAAUGAUGAAGAGUUUAACUGUGCUUGCUCCCUUACUCUUGUGUGUUACUUUACUAUUUUCUUCUCUUAAUGUUGCUUCUGAUUCUGCAGCAGAAGCAUUGGCAAUCCUCAAAUGGAAAGCCAGCCUUCAAAGCCAAAACCAUUCUGUUUUGCUUUCCUGGAAUAUUUCCAACAACCCGGAUACCAAAACAAGUCCUUGUGCUUGGUUUGGAAUCCAUUGCAACCACGCUGACAGUGUUACAAAAAUUAACCUCACUGGCUAUGGUGUAAAAGGUAUGCUCCAUUCAUUUCCAUUCUCAUCUUUGCCUAAUGUUGCAGAGUUGGACCUUAGCACCAAUGAACUUUAUGGCAUAAUCCCACCUCAAAUCAGCCAGCUCUCCAAACUCACCUACCUUGAUUUAUCCUCUAACCAAUUCGCUGGGCAAAUCCCACCUGAAAUUGGCCACCUUAUACAUCUUCAGACCCUCCACCUUGGUGAAAAUCAGUUGAACGGCUCAAUUCCACAAGAAAUUGGUCAGCUCAAAUUUGUCACUGACCUUGCCUUGUGUAGCAACAAGCUAAAUGGUUCCAUUCCUGCUUCUCUCGGUAAACUAAGUCGACUUGUUUCCUUAGUUCUCUUUGAUAAUUCCCUUUCUGGACCCAUUCCUCCAGAAUUGGGAAACCUUAGGAAUUUGGUUGAAGUUUACCUGGACACCAACCGUCUAACUGGUCCCAUCCCUUCCACAUUUGGAAACUUAAGAAAACUGAGCGUUCUUAACAUGUUUAACAAUAGUCUUUCAGGUUCCAUCCCCUCUGAGUUAGGGAAUAUGGAAUCUCUUUCUGAAAUAAGCCUUUAUCACAACAAUCUAUCUGGCUUGAUCCCAACCUCAUUUGGUGACCUGAGACAUCUUACACUUGCCCACCUUUAUGGAAAUCAACUCUCUGGUCCCAUUCCUGAGGAGAUAGGAAACUUGAAUUCUCUUGUUGACCUACAGUUGAGUGACAACCAACUCAAUGGCUCUAUUCCUACUUCACUUGGCAGUUUGAGCAACUUAGGAAUUCUGCAUCUCCGAGACAACCAACUCUCAGGUUCCAUUCCUAAUGAAAUCGGAAACUUGACGAAGUUGACCAUGUUAGAACUAGACCACAACAAUCUGACAGGAAAUUUGCCGCAAGGCAUUUGCCGUGGUGGAUCACUUGAAAACUUCACAGCAGCUAACAACCAGCUUACUGGGCCAAUCCCUGAUGGGUUGAAAAAUUGCACUAGCUUGAAGAGACUCCGCCUUGAAAGAAACCGACUCGGAGGGAAUAUAUCUGAAGAUUUAGGCGUUUACCCAAACCUAAAUUUCAUUGAUUUAAGUGACAAUGAAUUUUAUGGUGAAGUGUCUUCCAAUUGGGGAUUGUGCAAAAGCUUAGAGAGCCUGUCUAUUGCAAGGAACAAUCUCAGUGGUAUAAUACCAGCUGAGAUUGGAAACUCACGUCAGAUACAAAGGCUUAAUCUUUCUUCAAAUCAUUUAGUCGGGGUCAUUCCUAAGGAAAUUUCAAAGUUGACGUCUUUGCUUUAUCUUGAUUUGAAUGGGAAUCAACUUUCUGGUAGUGUACCCCUGGAACUAGGACUUAUGUCCAAGAUUUUGUAUCUAGACUUGUCUGCAAACCAAUUGAGCAACUCCAUCCCUGAAACUAUAGGGAAUCUUUCCAUGUCAUUCUACUUGAAUUUGAGCAUCAAUCAGUUUAGCCAAAGAAUUCCAAUUCAUGUAGGCAAGUUAACUAGGCUGAUUCAACUAGAUUUGAGUCACAACAUGCUUUCAGGGGAGAUUCCAGUGGAAUUUCAAAGUUUGCAGAGCUUGGAGGCACUAAACCUUUCUCACAAUAAUCUCUCUGGUGAAAUACCAACCUCUUUGGAGAAGCUCAGAGGCUUGUACACUGUUGACAUUUCAUAUAAUGAACUCCAGGGUCCCAUUCCCAACUGCCAAGCAUUUCUAAAUGCUUCAGUACAAGAAUUGGGAGGGAACAAAGGAUUAUGUGGCAAUGCUAGAGGAUUACCGCCUUGCACACCUUUUUCUAAGAAGGGUCACAACAACAACAAAACCUUUUUAGUAGUUAUGUUCUCUAUUCUAUCGGUUUCUUGUCUCUUGAUUUCAUCAAUUGCUUUGUUGUUUGCCUUCAAGAAGAGGAAGAAAGAUGCAGAUGAAGGAAGACAAAGCAAUGCAAGUGAUGAGAUAUUUUUCUCAUUAUCUCCCUUUAAUGGAAGAAAGUUGUUUGAAGAGAUCAUUAGAGCUACCAAAGAUUUUGAUGCUCAAUAUUGCAUUGGGAAGGGAGGAUAUGGAAACGUAUACAAAGCAGAGCUGUCAUCAGGAGAUGUUGUAGCUGUGAAGAAAUUCCAUCUGUUGCAUACCAGUGAAAUGGCAGAUCAAAGACAGUUUCUAAAUGAGGUUAUGGCAUUAGUAGAAACAAGACACAGAAAUAUUGUCAAGUUCUAUGGUUUUUGCUCCUCUGCAGGUCAUUCCUUUUUAGUAUAUAAGUACCUUGAAAGAGGUAGCUUGGCUUCUGUUCUCAGUAAGAAUGAAGAAUCUAAGAAAUUGGACUGGAACAAGAGGGUGAAUAUUGUCAAAGGUGUUGUUAAUGCACUCUCCUAUUUGCACCACGACUGUUCACCACCCAUUGUUCAUCGAGAUAUAACAAGCAACAACAUUUUGCUUGAUUUGGAGUAUGAAGCGCACCUUUCAGACUUUGGCACUGCUAAACUUCUCAAUCCAGACUCAUCCAAUUGGAGUAAUAUUGCUGGAACAUACGGAUACAUUGCACCAGAGCUUUCCUACACCAUGCAAGUUACUGAAAAAUGUGAUGUGUAUAGUUUUGGUGUGCUGGCAUUGGAAUUGAUAGUUGGGGCAUAUCCGGGUGAAUUUCUCUCUAAUCUAUCAAUUGUAACAGCAGAAAGCAUUCCACUAAACAAUGUGUUGGAUCAAAGGCUUUCGCCUCCUCCGCCAGAAGUUAUGAACAAACUCGUAUUCAUCCUGAAGUUGGCCGUUUCAUGUUUAGAUAACAAUCCAAAAUCUAGGCCAACCAUGCACACUGUUUCUCAGCUCGUGUUCGACCACAUCUAGUCCCUUGUAGGUCCCUUUGAUCUUCAUCUAAGAUACCACCUUAGAAAUGUUUGGUAUUGCUCUAAUGUUUUUCCUUUUAGCUUUUGUGUAGUAAUCAUGGGUGAAUGGAUUAGCAUUUUUAUACCCGUAAUUACCUUUUCCAUGAAAAUUAAUACUAGCUUGUUGGUAGUGCAACAAGAGUUGUUUCUGAUAUUUGUCUGUAACAGUUUAUCAUAAAUUAUAUUCUAGUAUUAUCUUUUCAAA